AUGCUUCUUGCCCUCUCUUCUCCUCCCUUCACCUGUCGUUCCUUCUCCUCCCCUUCCUUCCCCUCCCUGCUUGCCCCUUCUCCCAUCCAAUCUCUCCGUCCUUUCUCCUCUCUGACAUUCGCCUACCCACUCGUCUCCAUCCACCUGCCUCUCCUCCACCCUCCCUUCACUCCCUGCCCCUCCUCCCGCCCGUCCUCACCCCUCCGCCAGCCCCGUCUCCCCUCCUCCGCCCUCCUGCUCCGUCCCCUGCUCCCCCUUCUCCCACCCCUCGCCUCAUUUCCGCCAAAUCCAAGCCACGCGCGCCUGUAUCCUCACUUCCCCUCCCCCCCCUGCGCCUCCCCUCCCCACUCCGCCUCCCCUUCCCCCUCCGCGCCGCCGCCCGUCGCCGCUGCCCUAAUAAGCGCUUCCCGUUCCAGCGGCGUGCAAACUGAUUUCCUCGCUGCAGCCAUGAGGCGUUCCAAGGUUUUCUUCGCCCUGCUCGCGCUCUCGCUGCUCGUAUCCCUCGCGCUGGCGCCGCAGUGCCGCGCGAAUGAGAUCGCCGCGGACAAUGACGACGCCGACGAUGACUUGGACGCCGCCAUUUCCGCAGACGCGUCGCCUCCUGGUCUCGUGGAUGCGUUAUACCGAGUGAGCCGGCGGUUCCUGUAUUCGCCGCGCAUGCUGUCGUGCCGGUCUGACUGCGAGGACAAGAACAAGAAGUGCAACACUGAUUACAGCGAGUGCAAGCGCGAGAACAAGGACGACAAGCAUGACCACCACAAGUGCACGCACACUUACAAGAAGUGCAAGAAGAAGAUCAAGAAGUGCCGCCGCAAGUGCGACUAA